GAAGAAGUGCAAUGCGAUCAUGUAGCAGCAGAAGAAGGACUAGUAUGUAACAACAAGGAGCAAGGAGCCGUACUGAGAUCCACAGGAGUGUUCUAGAAAUGAGUUGCAUUUUCCACCACCUGGUUUCCCGCAGUGGCUUCUACCAUGGCCGUUUUCUGUUCGUUUUGUCUCGACAGUCCCUGCUGCUCAGAGAGCUCAGCUCAAUGCACAAGAUGAGCGGAAGCCUGCUAAAGAGCUACAGGAUCCUACAGCUGCCAGAUGAGGGGCAAAGCACUCCUGGUCAGGUGAAGGAGGCCUACUUGCGCCUCGCCAAGCUCUAUCACCCAGACUCUGGGGCUCCAACUGCAGAUGCGAUGCUUUUUGCUCGAGUUGAGGAGGCCUACCGUGCCGUUCUGGCACAUCAGACUAAGACCAAUCGCACGGAUGGAGGCAAGCUUGUGGAGGAUGAAGAUAAUUCAAGAGGUAAAGCAUUUCCCCACAGACACUACCUCAGCUAUGAGGGUGUGGGAUCAGGCACGCCCAGCCAGCGUGAGCGCCAGUAUCAACAGAUUCGUGUCGACCGGGCAUCCGAGCAGGUUUUGAACUACCGGCAGAGGGAGCAUGAAAGGGCAGCCGCUGCAGAGGGGGCGCUAAUAGAACGGGACAUACGUCAGCGGAGCCGAAAGAUCAAGAUCACUCAGGCUGUUGAGCGGCUUGUCGAGGACAUGAUCCAGGAGUCCAUGGCGCGAGGAGACUUCAGGAACUUAAGUGGGGCUGGCAAGCCCCUCAAUAAGUUUGAGUACAAUCCUUUCGCUGAUCCUAUGACCCACAACCUCAACCGCAUCCUCAUCGACAAUGGUUACCAGCCAGCCUGGAUCGUCACACAACGUGAAAUCCGAGAGACUAUAGCCGAAAUCCGAAAUAGGUUAUUGGAGGAGAGAGCCAGGCUCGGUGACCCUUUGACCCCUAAAGAGCAAAGCAAAUGGGAGCGACUGUGUGAAUCCAAAGAGGGGGAUUUAGUGAAACUUAAUAAGAUGGUGGACAAUUACAACCUCAUUGUACCAAUGCUCAACAUGCAAAUGGUUCACUUUAGUUUAUCGCGAGAGAUUGACCGAGCUGUGAAAGGAGCACCCCAACACCGACUGGACCAGCAGAGAGAGAGAGAAAAGGAGCGAGUGAGGUGGAAGGAAGAGAAAAAAAGAUCCAACGCGUCUGGCAGCUGCUGCAGGGUUGCAGAUGACGAUGGGUUCCUUGCGGCUGGCUCCGUUUCCUGCAGCUUCCCUGUGCAGCGCCUGAGCGACGGCCCUGGACGGAGUCACCACCUUGGUCCAGUCUUGGGCGAUGUACUGGUGGUACGGAUCUUGGGAGCUCUCAAGCUUCUUGGAGCGAAUGUAGCUGAGCAUGAUGCCGAAUGUGAAGAAGCUGAACAUGCCAACCACCAGCAGGAUAUACAGCAUGCCCUGAGACUGAGUGUUGGCCCUGACUCCGGCUUCAGCCCCGUGGUGCACACCCUGCUGGGUAGUGUAGUUCUGAGGUACCUGUGGAUACAGUAUGCCUGUGCUGUUGAGGCAGUGCUGCAGGAAUGAGAGCAGGAGCGACUGCAGCUCCGUAGUGUUGAUGUGUGACAUGGCCGACCUCUGCUGGAUGCUUAGCGAAGUGCAACUGGAAGAGAGGAGACUAAGAUUCAUCCCACAGGAGUCGGAGGUUCCAGGCUUCAGCAGGAGAACAAAGCUGCUUUCAGAGCGGAGAACAUUCUGCAGCUCAGACUAGAUAGUGUUACAACACAAUCACCUCUAAACGUCCUUUAACUCACUCUUGUAGUGAAAUUCUUCAACAGUGAAAAAUUCAAGCCACCACCUUACCUACAGCCACAACAGUGAGCUCCACCUCCUUCUCCACAAUGACGUUCUCAUUAUACAGGGGCAGGAAGAGGGUGCGGUGGAUUGUGCAGCGGUACGUCCCCGCUUCGUUGAAGGUGACGUUAUGAAUGUAAAUGGCUCCUAUUUGUAUGUCACUGUUUUUUGUCCCAUGCCACUCUAAACGGUUGCUGAAAUCCUCAUCCGUGAUGUUGGCACUGGGGUAUUCGUAGUGGAAAAUCUGAACAGAGAAAACAAUGGGAAUGUUUUCAAUAUUCUUGUAAGCCCGGGAAAGAUUCAAGAGCAGCGAUAGCCUCAAUUAGAUGUGUUGAAGUAUACACACUACAAUAACGUUUCUCUAGUGAUAUGGCCCACAUAUCACCCCAGAAACACACUGUUCUGCUGUCUGGCGGUUUAAUUCCACCGGCCAUAACACUGCUAAACUUACAAUAAGCAGUAUUUUAUUUCACUGUGCAACAUUCACAUUACAGUAGUUCAUCACUUCCAUUUGACCUGCAUAUAAUUCACCUCUCCUGCAUUACUUGCUCAUUAGUCUUGCAGUAUUUUUCUUUCUACUCUCUGAUUCUUCUUGCACUACUUUUAUAGUUUUUUUGAAUUUGUUUUUUGUGAUAUAUGUUUAUGUUGCAUUAUUGGAGGACUUUGUCAUAUCUACACUUUAGCUGCGACAAUAAAGCCCUUUGAACUUUGAUCUACUUUUUUCUCCUUAGUAGUUUCAAAUGAUGGAAAGUUUAGCACUUCCUGUUAGAGAAGCAGAAAUACUACACAUAUUAUACUCAUGUGAAGGUAAUAACUUUGUUGAAGAUAAGAAUAUAGAGUAGAACAAAAGCCGAAUGACUUUAUAAAGUCAAGUUUACAGUAGUAUAAAAUACAUAAAGUUAACGUUAAGUACUUUAUGGGUCAGUUUUACAGUUGCCCCUCUCAACAAACCUUAGCCAGCUUUAUGUGAUCCCUUUUAAAGGCUGUUGUGAACUCACAGGCCUGAAAUCCUCCACUCCCUGCGGUUUGAAGUGCCAGUCCACAGUGGCUCGGGCAGACACCUCCUCUCUCUUUUUACAGGAGAUGCAGCCCAGCAGGAAUCCUUCUCCUGACACGGCUUCAGUCAUGGAGUCCACCUCCGCACAGCCGCCUUGGCACUGAGACACUAAAGAGGGAGAUGAAGACAAAGAAGGAUUUAAAAUAACAAAAAGGGAAAAGUGAUGGGAAUAGGUAAGAGAGGUAGAGCAUGCAAGCGUACAAGAAGUGCUUACUUCUUAUUUAUCUUUUAGACUUUUUCUGAAUUAAUAGGAAAAUUGUUAUGAGGAACUUUAUUUGUAUUUUUUUAAUCAGUACCUGAGUAAUCAAGCACUUUGACUCGUCUACAUACAUAUAUGUAUAUUAACUAAUGCUUCAAUCCAUAUUUGUUUUUUAACAUAAUGUAAGUCUGAUGGUGUUUUUGUUUGUUUAGUCUUAUGAGAAAAGGCAAGUUUAUUUGUGUGGAAUCUUUUAAAAUCAAAGCAAAGAUUUUAACACAAGACAAAAAAGACACAAUAUAAAAUAAACACAGCCACUUAACUAAAACAUUACAUUUAUUUUAAUUGUAUAAAUGAACUUGUUUAAUAGAUGAUUUAUCAGCCACAAAAAUAAGAUAAGUCUCAUAAAAACAGCUUGACAUUUUCUCUGAUACAAAUUGUCGCCUAUAGCUGAAGCUGAUUGACUCAGAGUUUCUUGAAACACCUGUAAAUGGAAUUAAAGGACAUGGUAGAGAUCGAGCAAAUCAUGGUUGUUAAUAAACUACCAUUGAUAACAUUGCAAAUAUCACAGUAUGAUGUCCUCUAUUACAGUGGUUUCAAUUUGGCCACUUUUAUUGAGGAUUGUAUUUUUUGAGAAAGCUCUGCAUGACCCCGGAUUUCCCUUUAACACAUGCAACUUCACCCAGCAACAUAAAUAAUUUUGUACUUACCGAAAAGAUUGAAGACAACGAGAAGAGUCAAGUGGCAUAUCAUUUCUGCAGGAACAACUUAAAGCUGUUUGAUAAAAUAUUGAACUUUCCUUGCGGAUAAAUAUCUGUGGCGAUUCACAUUACAUCACUGUCAUAAUGCUUCUUGAUCCCUGAGUAAUUCCAUGUUCUUCAUGGCAAACCAGUUCACCAUUUAAUCCAGAGAGUCAGUCCAAUAGCUCAACAACUACAAACGCCAAAUUUUAAGGAAUGCCUCAGUACAAAAAUGUUUACAAAAAGAGUCCCCGUGUCUUCAGACUAGUUUUAAGUCUCAACUGCAGUCUCGUAUGACUUUAGGCAAGCUAUAUUAAGAGCGUGUGAAUGCAGGACCGUUGGACGUUGUGAGUGUUGAACACCAGCAGGAAACCUGAGAUGAAGAGACUUAUUCCAUAACUUCAGCAUGGCCGUCUAUAAACCAGACUCCAGACAAGUUUCUUCUGAUUAGAUAGACAAACAAAGUUCUCUCAAACAGGAGAAGUGUCCAUCCUCUUAAAGGUUUUAUAUAAAGGUGUUUUAUUAUUAAAAGUUUAAUUAUUAGUAAAGAGCUUAUAAAAGUCAUACAUGCUUUGGUUAUUACUUCUGCUGACCUGUAUACUAUCUGUGGGGAAAGAUAUUCCUUCUGUUCUAUGUAUUGCCGUCUAUAUUCAUUCUUUAAUAAAAAAAUAAAUAAGAAGCAAGUCGGGCAUGCAAAAUCCUCCCUGACAUGUUUUGUUUAACGAAUUCUGUCAGAGAAACACACGCUCGAAGCAGGGUAAACAGCCACGUGGGGCUUAAAGGGCUAGCUAUAAUACACAAUAUAAUAUACAAACCUACCUUUAAAUGAAAUAUGAGGCUUUAGUUUUUUCUUUCCCUCACAGGUCAGAGGUCAUGAUCGGCUUCAGGGAUUCAGUUCUUUGCUCAUGGACACUUCAGCAGAGAAGCUUUUGCUAAAGCAUUUUUUUAAUGUUGGGUUAUUAAAAGCACACCUUAUGUUACAUCUGUCUAUCUCCCUCUAUCUGUCUCUAUUAGUCAUUGUGUUCUUUCUAUUCUCCUCUUAAAACCUACUUUUAUUGGAACACUUAUUUUUAUUGUACUGUAUCUGGGGUGCCAUUGUUAUUGCAGUUAUUGCAGUAACUGAUGAUUUCAUGUCUUUGUUAUUUCUUCUUUAACAGUCUUGUUUGGUGAAUCAUACAUCAUAUGUACUAGUAUGAUUUCCCUCCAAGGGCGAUGAUGCAAACUGUAGUCAUUAACUUUGUCAAACAACUAAUUCCCCACUGAUUUCAUUCCCUCUGGUUGAGUUACUUCAACCAGAAGAA